AUGGAGGGAUGGAAAAAGCUGCUGCUCGCAGCAGCAGGUGCAGCAGGCGCCAGCUGCGUCUUGUACUACCUCUUACGAGAAGAGGCAGACAAGCAGGUUGCUGAUGCAGACGGCGAGGAGAAGGAGAAGAAGGAGAAGAAGCUGACCCCAGAAGGAGAGCUGGCACAGGUGCAGCAGAUCCUUUCCGAGAUAGUAUCCUCGCAAGAGCAGAUGCUUGGCCACAUGAAGAAUCUGACCAGGGAGUUGAUGACUGAGAAGCUGAGUUUUGACCAGACCUACAAGCGGCUGAAACAAGUGCAGCCGGAUGAUCCUCUGGAGCGGUACGGCCUCACUUUCCAGCAGUUCGAUGCUUUGCUCGGCAAGCAUCAGAACGAUCCCAAGGUGAAGGAGGGCAUCCAUCACAUCAUGGGAAUGCCAGUGAAGACCGACAGCCCUGCCGAGGUUGCUUUGGUGGAUGUGUCAAUUGUCAAUCUGUCCGUCCGUUUAGAAAUUGUCAUGAUCUGCAUUCGUGCAUCGCACCAUGUUGUUGACUACAACCGUGAAGUGCCUUUCCGCAGUUGGGUAGCCAUUCACCAGGAUUGA